CUCAGUGACACUGCGUGGAUGCACCGUGAAGCUUUUAGAGACAGUUUUAGGGUGAAAAGAAAAACCAAGUGGAAUUUAUCACCUCUUGCAUAAUAAUACACACAGAGUCAACACACGUAAGGUCAACAACAGCGCUCCCCGGUGAGGGGGGACAGGACCGCGGGGACCGAAGCAGCCAGUAAUUCGCAGCUUGAGCCAGAUAUCUGGACUGACCACAGCACCUGGGGACCAGACUCUCCUGUCCUUCCCAGCAGGAAAGCUGCCUGCAACUUAACAUCAAUCCUACAUGCAUGAGACCUUCUGCAAACUUCUGCACGUGCCAUUCCAUUUUGGAUACCCAGGACUUUUUGGAACACUUUUACGCACGUUUUACGCUGCAUCCUGUGACUGUCAGACACUGUGGGCUCUGACUGUGUGAGAAACUUUCACACCGGGCCAUGCUGCAGUGACUCCGGCCCCGGUUCCUUGGACUCCAUGAUCAAGUUGUAAACAGUAGGAGGCGAAGAAGGAUGCUGGGAAAAUAUUUAUAACACACUGAAACCUUUUCUUGUCCCCUGAUUCGAGCAGUACCGGGGACAGUAAAUCACCGGGAGGCAAGUGGGCUGCUGAGGUGAAGCGAGGACAAGCCAGGUUGGUGUCUCCAAAUUCAGCGGGCUCGAGUUUCAGCCGCCCCGGGGGCUCCUGGUAUUAAAGCGUGCAUUUGACCUGGGAUAAGUUGUCAACAAGAGCAGCGAGCGGAGGCAAACUGGCAGGUGUACAAGUUCAUUUACAUGCAUACGUAUAUUCACGCCACUAUAUAUAGAAGCUGUCUUAGAGGCGAGCAGCCUUAAUAAGUUUGUGCACCCACCCCCCGGCCUGCAGCAGCCUAACGUACCCAGCGUGUGUGUGUUUCUAUAUAUACACCACAUAGGCUUGUAUUCCUGCUCGCAAUCUGUAUCCCAGAGGGCUGCCCGCCGUCAGUUUGGCUGUGAGGGCAGGAGUUGUCGCAUGGACUGACAUGGCCACCGACCUCGCCAUGAGCGCAGAGCUGCCAAACAGCCCUCUGGCCAUCGAGUAUGUCAACGACUUUGACCUGAUGAAGUUUGAGGUGAAGAAAGAGCCACCGGAGGCCGACCGCUACUGCCACCGCCUCCCGUCCGGCUCUCUGUCCUCCACCCCGAUCAGCACACCCUGCUCCUCCGUGCCUUCCUCGCCGAGCUUCUGCGCCCCGAGCCCGGGCGCUCAGCCCAACCAGAGCCUCACAAGCGGGGUCAACAGCAGCGGCAACAGCAACAACAGCAGCGGUAACAACAAUCACAGCAACGCGGGCAAGCCUCAGUUGGAGGACCUGUACUGGAUCCCUAGCUACCAGCACCACAUCAACCCGGAGGCGCUCAACCUGACCCCCGAGGACGCAGUGGAGGCCCUCAUCGGGAACGCGCACCACCAUCAUCACCACCACCAGGCCUACGAGGGCUUCCGCGGGCAGCAGUACGUCGGGGAGGACCUGUCCACGGCCUCGACGGCCCACCACCACCAGGGCCAUCAUCACCACCAUCACCACCAUCACGGCCACCACGCCCGCCUGGAGGACCGCUUCUCGGACGAGCAGCUGGUCAGCAUGACGGUGCGGGAGCUGAACCGUCAGUUGCGGGGCUUCAGUAAGGAGGAGGUGAUCCGCCUGAAGCAGAAGAGACGCACUUUGAAGAACCGGGGCUACGCACAGUCCUGCCGCUUCAAACGCGUGCAGCAGAGGCACAUGCUGGAAACCGAGAAGUGCACCCUGCAGAGCCAAGUGGAGCAGCUGAAGCAGGACGUAGCGCGCCUCGCCAAGGAGAGGGAUCUUUACAAGGAGAAGUACGAGAAGCUGGCCAGCCGGACCUACAAUUCCGGUGGACCCGCGAACACGAGAGAUCCGUCCGGGAAACAGGCCAACACCGAAUUCUUCAUUUAUUCCCUGGACAGAAAAGACUCAAAACACAACAACUCAACAGUUACGCAUUUCUGCUGCGCACAGAAGUAAUCCUGGUGCGCAUUUUAAGUCUUAAAGAUGUGUUGGCUUGAUUUCUGUCAGCUGUCAGGUGAGCACGUGGGAUCACUUAGCCUGUACAUUUUCCUCUGAUGCAACAGAAGCCGGUCAGUCUUAUUGAAGCACUCUGACACUGAACAUGACUGUCUUAAUGCAGAGAUGAUUUUGUCUUAAAACGUGGGGAAAGAGUGAUUUUUGGAAAACUCCGAUUGGACUGAAAAUAAGCAAAAGAAGUAAUACGCCGCCUCUUUUUGUGGAACCAGAGAGCUCAAAAGACUGUCAAUGUGAAAGUGAGGCGGUCUGGGGUGCAGAGAAGAGACCUUUUAAAUAUUGCAAGUCUAUAGUUUCCCAUCCCUAUUUGCAACCCUGCAUGCAGGACAUGUAUGGUAACUUCCAGUCAUCUCCCACAAUCCUGCCACAUGUAUGAAGCAUGGCCCAUGGUUCUCUCCUCCUCUAAUGCUUCUCCUCCUCUGCCAUCAGUAAGGCCUGGGUAUGCAAAAAGUCACAAAAUGUUUCCCCCUUCCCCCUGAGAGGUGCAAAGACUGCGGACAAAACCUGCAAAACAAUCUGCUACUGCGUAAAAUGGAUGCGUCUUUAACUGCUAUUUUCAAUCAAUUUUUCUAUUGUUUUAAAAAAGGACAGAAAACGAACAAAAAGAGAUUAACUGAGCCAGAUUUUAGACUGUAUUUAUUUCCACCUGUACAUAAUGUGUAGAGAAAAACAGUUACCUGUGUUAUUUUACCUUUCUUCUCUUUUUAAGGAAAACAUGCUUUUGUUGCUUGGAUUAUUCGAAAUGUCUUAAUACAAAUGUUUGUAUGUUACAGCAUGCAAAUCGUCUAUGGUAUCCUCCUCCUACUGAACAUGUGUAAUGUCAAAGGCAAGCCUAUACUGCACUAAGAGAUCAAACUGGAUAAAACGUUUUGUUUUCUACUGAUAGGACCUUUGAUCUGUUACUCUAUGAAACCCUGGAUGUAAAUUUGAAGAGGUGAGAAAGCCUCGUUUAUUAGACGGACAUGGACUGCAUUCGCUGCUAAAACUCUAUGCACCAACCUGAUGACAAAAAGACUCAGAUUUUGUUUUUUACUUUGAAUUAUUUGUAGACUAAAGUGUCUGCGGGCCUGCGUGUUUCUCCUGCAGCCCGGUGUCUUAAUACGAUCUUGUGUCUGGUGGGAGGAUUGCUUGGUUGUUGGAGAACAGGUGUAGAGCUGACUAUCUCUCGGAGAAACUCGAUGCAUUACUCUGUCAACAACAAAUCUCUGGUUCGUGUGUUUUCUGCUGCCUAGAUAUAUGUGCAAUAUUGUGCAGAAGUGUUGGAUGCUCAGCCUACCUGUUGGAGGGCGCAAAAACUUGCAGGAAGAGACACUAUAGAUCGAAAUGCCACAGAAAAACAGACCACUGGAAAAAUGCAAAAAUACAUUUCAGAUCAGUAUUUUGUUAUUCUCAAAAUUUAGGAGCCGAAAAAAUUAAUAAAAAUGUUGUAAUAUGGAAAUAAUUUGCAUAUUAAUCUCUUUAAAAUCAAGUCAAUAACUUGAUAUUGUAUAUUUUGUUUUUAUUUAGUUUGAUACAAACUCAAAUUUGACUAAAUUUCCUGAACCAUCCACAGCAUAAAAAUCCCCAAAUGUAAAGAUAAAAAACCUGCGAUGAUUGAAAUGAGAUACUAAAACAGGAAAGUAAACUUCUGCACAGUGCUGUUAAUGUAUAUCUGUACAUAUAAUUUCUAUAUUUAUUCAAUGAACGUGUCCUAACUGUCAACAAGUGAAAAACCUACAAAGUGGAACGUUGUUGAGAGUCUUGUUUUCAUAAUGUUUAAUAAAAAGUUAUGUCCCAAACCUGUCA